AUGGCAUCCAUACCAGAUCAGCCUUUGGAUUACUAUCAGCCGAGCCCCGUCAGAGGCCAGCUAGAGCCCCCCGACCCUAGGACGAAGUCAGGAACGCGAUGGCUUCAGUGCACAGACACUCCAGGCGAACUGCGGGCUUUGCUUCCUCCCAAGACCGCUCAAAUGUAUGCUCAGUUGCUGAAAGCAGAGAACAUUGAACUUUCAAGAGGCCGUGGUGCAACUUGGAAGCGCAUCAUCGAAAUCCGACAUCUGAAGGAUCGAAUGAUUCGGAAAUGCCAACGUAUUUCCCGUGUCUCUGCCCCAGCACCUCCGGGCACCCCUUUCCGUGAUCUCUACGCCCCAAAUGAAUUCCGCUUGAAGGAAAUGGAGAAGUGGUUGAAGAUGGAGGGUUUCAGUGUCAGCACCGCCGAGGGCAAUGCGAAGUAUACGACAGAGACCAUCCGGGCGAGGUCCCAUUCACCUCAUUCCACUCAUUCGUCAUCCACACAUGUGCAACUUGCACAAGUCCAUGCGCCCACUACCCGCUCCAGCCGUCAAGGGCAAGUCAGCCGCUCCUCGGUAUCGCAACGAAUAUCGACAAGAGCCGGCGUGACCGUAAGGAAGCGCUCCUCGGCAUCUUCUCAGAGCACAGUGCAAUCUCCUUCCCCAGCACACUCGCGCACAUCGUCAGGAACGCAGAAUCAUAGGCAUGGGGAAUACCAAGGUCCAAGUUCUUCCGCUCGCGCAGCCCAUCUCUCUCCCGUUGUCGAAGAGGGCUCGACGAUCACCUCGUCCCGUCUCACUAAUCCACACGAUCUAAGUAUCGAGCAACGUGUCGAGGAACCCCCGACCCGUCCAGAUGUUAUAUCCCCCGAUCCACUUCCUCGCCUUUAUCAUCCACCGAGCACCAACUUGCAGACCGCACCAGUCGACAUGCCCCACCCAGUCACUGAGAUGCCCAUUCCACGACCGGUACCGCCGCCAGAACCUCACAUGGCCUAUGAGGGGUCAGAAUUCAGCUCUAUUCCUCCAAGUCUUCCCCCUAAAGGACACUACGAACCAGCCUCUUAUGCAGAAUUUCAGGACGCCCUGAAUGAGGGGCCCUCGCGGCCUACUUUACCCCGUAGACGUAGCAGUCUUAAGCAGUCGGAUGGACGCAUGGGCAGCGGAGUUUCCCAGAAGGUCGUGUCAUGGGCUAUGGAUCGCGACUGGUCUGACCACAUGUCCAAGUACGAUCAAAUUCUGUAUGCUACAGAAAUUGCAGGCAAUGCUUGGGAUGACGCGAGGAAUGCAUUUCAGAAGGAAAUCGCAAGCAUCCGAGUCUUGCGCGAGAAUAUUACAACUGCGCUUUCACGCCUCCAACUAGAGACGGAGAAGUUGCAAGCAGAGGAAAGUACGCUCCGUGCUCAAGAAGAGAAAUUGGUCGUCAGCUUUGAAAACCUGCAGCAGAAGGGAAGUAAUUAUAAGGAUACAGUGCAUGCCGUGCUAGAAGAGACCAAGCGCGUCGUCAUGGCCGCUGACACUAAGAGAGAUGAAAACCUCAACCCUCCUCAAUGAGCACGCUUGCGCCAGAUAUUUCGUAGACAUACACAACUUCACAAUUCAAGCUCCAGGCCCAAAUGUUGAUUGGGAAUCCGGCUUUACAAAGAUUUCAUUGGGAGCACCGGUGAACCUGGAUCCAUGAUCAUGCAGAUCACAGGUCUUGAAUCGACGAGUGCCCGGACAACGAAACCAUAUGGAAUAUAUAGGUAACUUGUGUGACGCUCGACUACAGACUUUUAGGUGGCUUCACGCUCCUUCGCUAUCGAUACAUUUAUGGCAGUCGGCUCAAGCUCUUUCUUGCAUUCAUACAAUGUUGCUGUUAAAACGUUGAAUACUUGUGCAUUAGAUCACCACUGGCAAUGCAAAACUCUAGUGUGACAGCAAUCCGCCUAUCACGGUGCCAAUCGC